AUGAUGUCCGAGUCCUGGCUUUGCAUCGAAGUUCUGUCGCAACUGCCAAGCGAGUACUGGGCGUCCUCCAUCUUGAUGACCAAGGCGGACAUCACAACGGACAAGGUGGAAGGGACUUUGCGCCGAAUCUUCGGCGACAAGUCAAAGACGGACGUGAGCCUUAUGAGCAAAACUCAGGCCACGCACACCAACAACGUCCGAGCCAAGGUGGAUGGACAGAAAAGAAAGCCCACUGGUACCGAGGGCCACAUAACUUGCUUCUAUCGCUUUGAAGCAGGACACUUUAAGUCGGACUGCGUCACGAAGGAGACGGCCCCGGGCGCUAAGAAGACCAAGAAGGCAGUACCGAUCAACACUCUCAAGGCUGCGGUGGCUGAAAGGAAAAGGAAGCUCAGCAAGGACGAUAAGACGACGCUUGAGAAGGGUCACGAGGACCAAUUGAUUGACGACAUCAACAGCCUGGACCCCGAGAAGCAGGACGAAGGCAAGUCGGCUGAGACGCCGCCACCAAAAGACAUGGAAGAGUUCGAGGCCAUGGCCGAGGAAUAA